GUUGUUGGGCGGCAAGAGCAGGGAACAGGGAGCAAAGAGAGAAAAUACGCCGCGUUCAGGCUGAGGCCAAAAACAGGUUGAAGUCAUGGCGCCAAAAAAGAGCAAAAAAGACAAAAAAUCGGGCGAGAGCAGCAGCAGCAGCCGCAAGAAGGACAAGAAACCAAGACUAGGACCGGACGGUAAAGAGCCCAAGAAGAAAGGGGACAAGGCCCCCUCGAGGAAGAAUAAAGCGUGGGGAAAGUCUAACGCUAAGGACAAGGACGGCAACGACGACCACACACGGGGCGGCGGGCUCAAGCCGGUGCGCAUCAAGCUGGACAAGGAGGGGCGAGACGCGAUUCUCGACAUCCUGCACAAGCUGCACGUUGCCGGUGCAGAGGACGGUGCCGAGGACGAAACCGACGGUAGCGAGGGUAGCGACGAAGACAGCGAGGAAGACGACGAGCACGAAGAGGAAAAUGAUGGUAGCGGCGACAGCGAGGAGGGCAGUGGGGGUGGGUCAGACGCAGAUGUUGAGAUCGACGACAGGCAAGGCCACGGCGACUUCGAUUACGAUGGAAGCUUCGGAGACAUGGCGAACCUCAUGUCCGGGUUGGUCGUGAACGACUCAGCACCCGCAGAAUCAGCAGUCUCUAUGGAGGCCAGCAACUUGUCAGCAGGCAACAGCCUCCCGAUGCCAGGGGCUACUAAAGAGCGCCAGCAACAGCAGGAGCAAGUAAAGAACCCACUCCUCGGGGGUAGCGGCGGGACCAGCAGCGGCAGCGGCAGCGCGAGCAAACGCGCCGCGCGGAGCAACGUCACGCGUGAGAAGCUCCUUGCUUCCAUGGUUCAGGAAGACCGCAAGACCUCCAAGCAGGUGCCACGGGAGGCCGGUGGGGUGUCAUCGGCAGCGAUCCACGCGGCGUCUACGGUAGGAGGCGGCCCAGUCAGUGGGGCGGUGGCCCGCGGGUAUCAACGCCCGGACCCGCCGGGGGCGGGGAAAGGGAACGACAAGAUUCUAGUUUUCGACCGCAAGGAGCCCCUUCAGGGCUUCCUCAACACUUGCCGGGGGAAGCUGCACAUCAAGAAGAAAGCCAAGGGCGCGGCGCUACUUGAGAGCGAGGAGGUGGUGGACUGGCUGUCCGAUCUCUCCUGGGUUCCCAACGACGCGGUCGUCUUGAUUUCUUGUACCAGUGGGGCUGGUGGGACAAAAGAGAAGGCCCCGGUGGCGACGGCUGCGGCGUCCUCAGCCCCUGCGGAAGGCAUCAAGGCCUUCAGCGGUAGCGGUAGCGGCAAACAUGACGGCGGCGAGACUUCGGCCGCGCCGCUUGAGGCGGACCGAGAGGGGGAACGGCGGACCGAGGAAGACGACGAGGAGGCAGUGGCUCUGGCGGCGCUCGGCCGGAUCAGGGAGACGUACAGGGCACGGGCGAGGGAGCGGCAGUCGGGGGCUGUGGGGCGCGCAAGGGGCGGCGACGUCUCCGACGAGGAAGCAGGGAAGCGCAUGAUGGACAAGAGGCGCGAGAUGAUGGCGCAGAGGCGGAACCUUCCGGCCUAUCUGCAACGAGAGGAUAUCGUGAAAACCAUCCGCGACAACCAGGUGGUGGUCCUGAGCGGUGAGACGGGGUGCGGAAAGACGACGCAGGUGCCCCAGUUUGUGCUGGACGACCUCAUCGACCAGGGUGAGGGCGGCAAGUGCAACAUCAUCUGCACGCAGCCGCGGCGGAUCAGCGCCGUCGGAGUCGCCGACAGGGUGGCGUCGGAAAGGUGUGAGAGGGUGGGGGGCACGGUGGGGUACCAGAUCCGGCUGGACUCGCGGGUAGGACCGUCCACUCGACUGACGUUCUGCACCACCGGCAUCCUCCUCCGCCGCUUGACGUCCGACGACACGCUGGCGGGUGUGUCUCACGUCAUGGUGGACGAGGCGAGUGGGGUGCACGAGCGAGACCUACAGACAGACUUCCUCUUGGUGAUAUUGAGAGAUCUUCUGCCCAAGAGACCCGACCUCCGCGUGGUGCUCAUGAGUGCUACGCUUCAGGCUGAUCUUUUCACCAAGUACUUCCACGGCUGUCCGGCAAUCACCGUCCCUGGCCGCACCUUCCCGGUCGAGGUCACUUACAUGGACGAGGUCAACCGGCUUGUCCGGGGUACGAGGACCCCGGCAAUCAUGCCCCGAGUUUCCUCCGGCGCGGUAGUAGAUGGCGGCCGGGGUCAUGGCCGUGGGGCCUGCGGCGCGCAGGCGGACCCUAGGGGAAGGGGUCCGGGCGGGAGGGGGCACUCGACGGCUGCAGCGGCGGCGAGAGGGCAGGGGAGUGAGGCGGACGAUGGCGAGACUCCGGCGGCGUACGAUCCGCUCACGGGAGAACCGUUGGAGUUGGGCGAGGACGGUGGCGCAACGUCUGCCGCCGCCGCCGCCGCCGCCGCCGCUUCCGCGAUGGUGUCCCCGAAAUGCGAGGACAAGGUGGACUAUGAUAUCAUGGUAGACCUGGUGGACCACAUCAUGAAAACAGAGGGGGACGGGGGCAACAGGGGAAGCGAAGGGGGUAGAGGGGAUAGUCAGAAUAGUUCCAGCAGCAGAAAUUCGCGUGGCGGCGGCGGCGGCGGCGGCGGCGGAAGGGGGCGUGAUGACAGGCAACGGGGGGUUGGCGGUGGGUCGGGCAGCAGCGGGGGCUGGUCUCGAGGUGGAGGAGGCGGGGGCAAACAAGGAGCCCGAGGAAACAGCGGCGAAGCCGAGCCCCUGGGGGCUAUCUUGAUUUUCUUGCCGGGGUUCGCCGAGAUCGAUCAGCUGGUGAAGGCGCUGCAGAGACACCCAAGGAUCGGCCGGGGGGCGCGGGUGUUCCCCUUGCACUCGUCGCUGCCUUCGAACCAGCAGAAGUCGAUCUUCCAGCGCAUGCCUCCCGGCGUCCGGAAGAUCGUGGUUUCCACCAACAUCGCUGAGACGUCGGUGACGAUCGAUGACUGCACACACGUGAUUGACGCGGGCCGGGUGCGAGAGAUGCGCUACGACCCCGUGACCCGCAUGUCGUGCCUGGUGGAGGUCUGGAUAUCCAAGGCCAGCGGUAGCCAGCGGGCGGGGCGGGCCGGGCGCGUGCGGGCCGGGAAGUGCUGGCGGCUCUACCCCGAGGCGUUCCACCGAAGCUACAUGCCGACGCACACGCUGGCGGAGAUGCUGCGGACCCCGCUCGAAGAACUGGUGCUGCAGGUGCUUCUGCUGGAGCUUGGCUCUCCGGCCGAGUUCUUGGACAGGGCGGUCGAACCGCCUCCGCCGAAGAUGUUGCGCGCGGCGUUGCGCAACCUCGACGACCUUCAGGCCGUUAUCAUCUCCAACAGUACGCCUAUCCUCACCCCGCUCGGGUACCACCUGGCCCACCUCCCCAUGGAUGCGUGCGUGGGCAAGCUUCUGCUCAUUGCGGCAAUCCUACAGUGCCUGGACCCAAUCCUUACCAUUGCGGCUGCGCUGAGCGAUAAGGCACCCUUCCAGCGACCGUUCGGAGAGCAGGCUAGGGCGGACAAGGCGCGGCAGGGGUUCGCGCAAGGCAAGAGUGACCACCUCGCCAUCGUGGAAGCGUUCGGUGCCUGGAGAAACAAGCGCCGCACCAGCUCCUACAACGAAGUGCGCAGGUGGUGCCGCGAGAAGUUCCUCUCGCAGCCGACCCUGGAGAGGCUUGAUAACCUGCGCGAGCAGUUCCGGCAGCAGCUUGCCGAGGUCGGGUUCGCUUCGUCCGCGGUGCCGAGCAGCCGGGCGGCAGGGCGGGACGCGGCGGCGGCGGCUGCCGGCGGCCGCGGCAACGGCAGCGGCAGCGGCCGAUGGAGGCACGGAGGUGGAGGAGAGGUCCCGGUGGGGACGGCAUGGGAAGGGGGAGGUGACGGCGGCGGCCGCGGGAGCGGCCCCGGGCUGCAAGACCCGGACCUGAACUCGGGGAACACGGCGUUGGUUCAGAGCGUCCUCGUCGCCGGUCUGUACCCUCACGUGGCCGCGUUCGUCCGACCAGACCGGCAUAGCAGGACACCACGGCAGAUCAAGAAGGGUCACUUCGUCACCCGCGACGACUCGGAGCCGGUUUUCAUGCACCCCAGCUCGGUCAACCACGAGCGAUUUGCAAGCGCCGCCGAAUCAGGACGCCAGGUCUGGGUAGUGUAUCACAGCAAGAUGAAGACCAAUCAGGUGUACCUUCACGACUCCACGUACGCAACACCGUUCAGCCUGAUGCUCUGGGGCGCACGGGUUCGGCACGAGCGCCCGCUCGGACACAAGAAGAAGGAGGUUGUCGAGGUGGUCAUUGACCGAUGGCUGCGGUUUCGGAUGACGGAGAGCACGGCGGUGGCAUUCAAGGCGAUGCGGCGGGAGCUGAGCAACCUUCUCGUGCGCAAGAUCGAGGCGCCUUUCACGCCCACGGGGGAGUUAUCAAACAUGCUCGUGUCUUGCCUCGGGCGACUGAUGGACAUCGAAGCCAGAAACCCGUUCAACUGAAAAAGGACGGCACGUCAGUGUGUUGGCGACAAGAACGCGGGGCUAGCACGGGUUUUGAUUGCCUUCGAUACGCUUACCUUCGACACGCUUACUGUGUGGUGGUUUGGAAACGGAGCGUCGUUUGACCUCCUCACCGAGUGGGCAGCGUGGCGCGGUUGGUUUAGUUUGGUUUAGUUAGGAGAGUCCGCGGAGUGGGUCGGAGAUGAUACCCUGCUGUUGCAGAGGUUGGGAAUUGGUCACCUAGCAGAACGCGCCCUUCCUGAGGUCAUUCAUUGACGCUUGCUUCAAGAACAACAAUUUCUACGACUGCUCUGCAUGUUUGGCAAAGAAGAGGGCUACGUUUGAAGAACUCGGCGAAUACUUCCGUCGCCAACAGGCACCUCCCGCCCGGCGC